AUGCGAGACGAGUUGCGUCAAGUCAGGGCAAUCACCAAUCCAGUGACCCGCCCAGAGAUUCCGGCAACCAUACCGGAGCAGCGACGACAGUUGCGGACGGAGACCAUACCUCGUAGAGCCACUGCUGUGCUUCCCGACAUCACAGACUCAGAUUCAGAGGAAGCUUCAUUCGGAGAGAAUUCGGAAGCGGAAGCUGAACCGCAUUUCCAGGAAGUGACGCGGGCGAGACGGCGACGCAUGCAUAUCGAAGACUACUUGGAUUGGGAGGCGGCGGUCGAAAACUUCUUCGACUAUCUGGAGAUCAAUCCGACUAAACAAGUGAAAUACGUGGCUUGCCGACUCAAGGGGGGAGUGAGCGCGUGGUGGAUGCAGUUAGUGAGAAGCCGCCAGCGAGAAGGUAAAGGUCCGUGCAAACAGGGGCAGCGUUCAGUCAGUGAAUACACUGAAGAAUUUUAUAGAUUGAACGCUCGUAAUAAUCUCUCUGAAUCGGAGAAUCAGCUAGUCGCUCGCUACACGGGAGGAUUGAAGGAGUCUAUUCAAGACAAAUUGGAGUUAAAUUCGGUGUGGACCGUCUCUCAGGCGGUCAACUUCGCACUCAAGGCGGAAGCUCAAUCACAAAGGUCGUAUCGCCAGCAGUCAGGCCGCAGACAGUUUAACGAGGGAUCAGCCAGUGUUACCAAGUUUGGAGGACAGCAAGCCAAGAAUUCUCCUAGUAUACCGUCACCGGCCACUGCACCUGUUAUGGAAGAGAAGGGAAAUUAUAAAACCAAAUUUAUGGGGGCCAAGGAGAAUCCUUAUGCUAAACCGUCAACUAUUAAAUGCUUUAGAUGCCUACAGCCAGGGCAUAAGUCAAAUGAAUGCCCCACACGUCCUCAAGCUCAUUGGCUAGAAGGAGUUGAAGAAGAGGCAGCACAGCCCGAAGUUGAAGCCGAAGAAGACAUUGAAGAACUAACCGCAGACGUAGGAGAGCCUGUUGUCUGUGUGUUGGAAAAACUAUUAAUUGCUCCUAGACAAUCCAUUGACAAUCAAAGAAAUAGUUUAUUUCGAUCCAAAUGUACUAUCAACGGCAAGGUGUGUGACGUGGUAAUUGACAGUGGUUGUACCGAGAAUAUCAUUUCUCGAGCUGCCGUUCAAGCUCUACAAAUUAAAACCACAACAAAUCCUACUCCUUUUAAGAUCGGCUGGGUAAAAAAAGGAGUUGAAUUCCUUGUUUCAGAUUUAUGUCAAGUUACAUUCUCCAUAGGCAAGAAUUACUUGUGCAAUAUCACUUGUGACGUCCUAGAAAUGGAUGUUUGUCAUUUAAUACUCGGAAGGCCUUGGCAAUAUGACAGUGGAGCUGUGCAUGAUGGAAGGUCCAAUAUGUAUACCAUUGAAUGGAAGGGAAAACGACUCAAAUUAUUACCCGCAGGACAGCAGUCCCAUGUAGUGAAGGCCACCAGUUUAUUGUCUGCAAAAUUGGUUUCGGGUAACGCUCUUCUGAAGGGUCAAGAUUGGAAGAAUAACGAUUGGUCCAGCCCGUUGCUUGCGGUACUUGUUGGAGACCAUGAGGAAAGGAAGCCAACUCCUCUUAUCCCUCAGGUCAAGGAGUUAUUACAAAAGUUUGCAGAAGUCACGGCAGGUGAUUCAACAACAACACUUCCUCCCCUGAGAACCUUACAACAUCAAAUUGAGUUAGUGCCGGGUGCGGUCCUUCCAAACCUCCCGCACUAUAGAAUGAGCCCGAAAGAGCAAAACAUCCUAAGACAAAUUAUACAGGAAUUGUUACAGAAGCAAUUCAUUCAUCCAAGUCUCAGUCCGUGUGCGGUGCCGGCUUUGACUGUACCAAAGAAGGACGGACAGUGGCGGCUUUGCAUUGACAGUCGAGCGAUCAAUCGAAUCACUGUUAAAUAUAGAUUUCCCAUUCCCCGAAUCAACGAUCUGCUGGACAAACUUUCGGGGGCCUCCAUUUUCUCCAAAUUGGAUUUGAAGAGCGGGUAUCACCAAAUCCGCAUUCGGCCGGGGGACGAGUGGAAGACAGCAUUCAAGACUGUCGACGGACUCUUCGAGUGGAAAGUCAUGCCUUUUGGGUUAUGCAAUGCACCGUCGACGUUUAUGUGCCUCAUGCACGAAGUUCUUAGACCGUAUUUAGACAAGUGCUGCGUCGUCUAUUUUGACGAUAUUCUUAUAUACAGCACCUCUCUUGAAGAGCAUUUGACACACUUGAAUUCUAUCCUGGAAACUCUCCGCCACAAUCAAUUGCUUCUCAACACUGACAAGUGUGACUUUGCAGUUAGUAACAUUCAUUUCCUGGGUUUUGUCCUUUCGGCGGAAGGAGUUCACACCGCCCCUCAAAAAAUAGCGGCGAUACAGAGCUGGCCCACACCAACGUCGCUGACGGAAGUUCGGAGUUUCUACGGGCUAGCUAACUACUAUCGACGUUUUAUCCAAAAUUUCAGUGGUAUCAUGGAACCUCUUACUAACUGUUUAAAAUCUUCGCAAUUCUCUUGGGGGCGGGAGCAACAGCGAAACUUUGAAAAAUUUAAGGAAGUCCUCAGUUCAGCACCGGUGCUAGCUUUCCCUGAUUUUGACAAGCCAUUUCAAGUGGAUACAGAUGCAUCGGCUGUAGGUAUAGGCGUUGUUUUGUCUCAAGAUGGGCGGCCAGUAGAGUAUUUCAGUGAGAAGCUGAGUCAUCCCCGUCAGAAGUGGUCAGCUUAUGAACAUGAGCUGUAUGCCGUUGUUCGUGCUCUUAAACAGUGGGAGCAUUAUUUGUUACACCGAGAUUUCGUAUUAUGUAGUGAUAACCAGGCGCUUUAG